AUGCCAUAUGUGCCCAUUGACGAGGAUGGUGAGCUUUUGGUCGAUAAAAGCCUCGUACAAUACAUGUCUGAGCUUAAACGAGCCACUGCCCAGCACAAUUUGCUUGCCUCGAUUUCAAGAAUUGCAGGGUUCAUACCUGCUUUUGACGAAGCGUGGCCAUCAAAGCGGAGUUUCGAGACCACCAAUGCCACAAUUUGGGAACUAGUGAAUUACUGUUACAAAUUUCACAAAAGAGGAGACCUGGAGCCUGACCUUCCUUUCCUUCGCAUCUCUAAUUCCUACGAAAUACAGGACGUCAAGUCAUACGACGACGGGCCCAUCCCAAUGGAAAAUACCCUACAAGUUUCCAAAGAAGGAGCAGUCCUCAUCCACGCAAGCAUGAACCGUCUAUCUUCACUCUGUGUUUAUGUCGUUCAAGAUUCUGCCAGACCACCAGACGAGGACGACCUGGCCAGAAUCAUCAAGAGGACCUUCGAAGACAAGGACGUUUAUCACACAACAAACAACAAUGGGACAUCAAACUUGAGAACACAGAAGAGAUAUCGUGAUAUCUGGAACUUACAAAAGCCGUACGGUGUGUUUUGCUCGUAUGGCGGGCCGAGCUUCUCAAAGUGGCUUCGAGAGCUCAAAAAGCCCCUACCAACCAGACAGGGCUCUCCUCGCGGGCUCCGUGAUACAGGGCUGAUCAUUUUCGAGCGGGAAUAUAAUCCCUGGCUUGACCCUCGUCUCUUGCACGGCGGACCCUUUGCAGAUUGGAAGAGAAAAUUCCUCCGACGGCUUUUCAAGUCGGAGGCCGCUGCCUGGGUCAGAGUAGCGGAACGCAAAAGACAACAGGGAAUCGAUUGCUGCGACUUUUGCGCAACUGAGCUUGAUGAAAGCGCUGUGGAUUAUGACAACAACGAUGCAACAUUGUGUUACACAUGCGACGAGCAGCUCGACGUUGUUGGCAAUUGGGGUUUCCCACUGUGGGUCAAAGAGUUACUGAUAAAAGCCCUUCAUACAGCCCCGACGACGAACUUGCCAGCUGAUCUUCCGCUAGUGCCAGGCUCUCUCAACAUACGUACACUGCGAGUAUGUCUCUUUCGGUCCUCAUCCCAAAGACACGGAGAUCAUGACAGCCAUCAGGAAUCCGAAAGGGAUUCAGAUCGAUGUUUCUGGCGCUUCGGCAGUGGUCCUGAGUAUUCAUCUACUGGAAACGUGCGAAGUCUCGAGGUUCUUAGCAAUGUGGAGCUGCAUAAUCAACAAAAUGGAAGCACGGGAUCUCAUCGACAAGUUGAUGAAGCUUCAUCGGGUUCACCCGAGGAGAAGUCCUCCAGGGUGAAGCGAAAAAGAUCCGUAGAGACUGCACGGAGAAGACAGAAACGCAGGGCGACUCCGAGGUCCUGA